UACAGUAUAUGUCGAUCAAUAGCGGAAAUCCGAUGGAAUCGCUAAUAUGGACCCUGAGGCCUAAGGCCUAACGCAAACGGCUUCAACGCGGAAAGGUAGUCGUGAAUGUCAAUGACGUCGGGACGACGCAGUCUUUAUGCAAUGACCGACGAAUUGCUGCAUGACCGAACCCAUACAUCGAACUCACAGCACCAAAACAGUCCUAGAGACUGAUAGUGAACAUUUAAUUUGAGGCCUGAACGGUGACAAAUACUGUAUGGGGAAGGAAUUGCGACGUGUGAAUGGUGCACAGCAAGUGCACAGUAGCUGGAAGUUGCGUCUACCACUACUGUCGAAUUUUUAAUGCAAUACGCUUUGAUGUUGCGAACAGACCAACAUGACAAAGUGCAUCUCGUUCAACAUCAGCAUCAUAACGUCAUACCUGGACUAACCAUAGUACCCAGGGAAUACGAUGACGAUGGUUGAAGCAGGAUUUGCUUAAAUAUGACCUUCCGGGCUCGGACUGCAGAUGCUCUAUUGACCUUCGAAAUUACUCUAUAAAAACAGUACAAAAACACACCUCACCUUUGUUACCGCUCUAGAUUGCCCCAAUGUCUAACCGUCGAGUUUGGCUCAUUACCGGUGCUUCAUCCGGGUUCGGAAGAGAAAUGACCGAACUCGUUCUCAAGAAGGGAGAAAUUGCGGUAGCCACUGCGAGGAAGCCUGAAACUCUCAACGACCUCAAGGCCAAGUAUCCCGCGAGCCAGCUCCUGGUACUCAAGCUUGACGUCAGCAAAGCCCAGGAAGUCGGAGAUACGUUUGCAGGAAUCAAGGGAACAGUUGGAAGGCUCGAUGUUGUCUUCAACAAUGCAGGUUGGGGCAUUAUGGGAGAGGUCGAAGCCGCCCCCGAAGACAUUUCUCGCGCAGUGUUUGAUACGAACUUCUGGGGAGCCAAAAAUGUCAGCCUAGAGGCCGUAAAGUUCUUUAGGGAGGUGAACAAGCCGGUUGGAGGAAGAUUGAUCGUCAAUUCAUCGCAAGCUGGCAUUUAUGCUUUCCCGAGCAUGGGAAUCUAUUCCGCCUCAAAGCAUGAAGGCGUGACGUCGGCGCUCGCACAGGAGCUCGAUCCAGAAUGGAACAUCAAGAUUACCCUAUUAGAACCAGGGGCUUUCCGCACCAAGGGUGCCGAUAAGCUAUCCGAGUUGACAUACACCCAUCCUGCAUACACGAAACCAACGCUUCCCAGCGUUGCCACGCGUGCGUACCUCAACAAUGGUGUACCAAAGGGGGCCGAUACGUCGAAGGCAGUACAGAGGAUCUUUGAUUUGGCAGGAGAGCCCGAACCUUCUCUUAGAUUCCCCAUUGGCAAGGACGCUCUUGUAUCAGUUAGAGGAGAAGCUAAGAGGAUUUUGCAAGAUGCUGCGAAGUACGAGUCGUGGUCCGAGGGCUUAGAAUUUGAUGACUAGAUGAUGAUAACGACUCGCUUCAACAACUUGAUUAAUGUAUCGUUUUUCUGUAUUCGAUGUACGAGUGCCAUACCGGAUUCACUUCAUCAUCAAUGUGUAUGGCGAUCCUGUAAAACCAAGGAUAUAAGUUCAGGUUCAGAGAACCUGAGAGAGGUGUCAGCAAGAAGACCAGAUUUAUUCAUAGAACGUAAGC